AUGAUUCCGUCGCAUGGUGACUUUACCGUCGGCUGGGUCACUGCGAUCAGAAAAGAGUAUACGGCAGCCCGACAAGUUUUAGACGAAGAAUUCGAGACCACAAACUUCGUCCUUCCCAGGAGCGAUCGCAACACCUACACCUACGGCCGCGUCGGAAGCCAUUAUGUCUUGAUCACAUGUCUCGAGAAUGCGCAGUAUGGCAUCAAUUCUGCAUCCGAUGCAGCCGAUGAUAUGAGAAGCAGUUUUCCCAUGAUCCGGCUUUUGCUUGUAGUGGGAAUCGCAGGAGGUAUACCGACCCUCGCCAAUGACAUACGAUUGGGUGAUAUCGUGAUUGGCACUGAAAUCAUUCGCUACGUGGGGGCCGCGACCGAUGAAUUUGAGCAUUCCAGCCAUGUCGAGCCAGCGGGCCGGGCUCUUUUCACAGGCACACAAGGUCUUGCAGUUCAGCUAGAUGAAGGCUUAGACCUAUACAAUUUGCUGGAGAAGACAUUUACCAAAACCCAGAAAAUUAAAGACGACUAUCAAAAACCGCAAAACUCCAUCGAUCGUCUUUGGAAGGCUGAUUACGAACACGACUCUUCCUGUGAAUGUCUCUCUUCGCCCGAUGAAACGAAACUCAUACCUCGACCAAAACGCCCUGACUAUGAUCGCAUCAAAGUACAUUCUGGAAAAAUUGGUUCAACAGACAAAACUACGAGUCAUGCUAGUGUCAGAGAUAAUGUUGGGAAGAAGCUUGGCGUCCUAUGCUCAAAGAAAGAGCCGGCUAGUGCGACAAAUAAGUUUCCCUGUCUGCAUAUUCGAGGAAUUUGCGACUACGCCGACUCGCACAAUAGAGAGGGUUGGAAAGGAUAUGCUGCUGCAUCUGCUUCAAUAUAUGCCAAGCAGCUUCUACAAACGAUCGCUCCUGAAGAAGUCUGGCGAAUGAAUAUCUCAAUUGAUAUAAAUAACCUUCAACAAUUUGUGGAGUAUCUGGUCUAUGAAGUCAGCCAGGCCACAAAUAUUUCAGCUCGACUUGCCGAGCAGAAAGUAAAAUUGAUGACCACGAGCCGUGCGCUUCGUGGAGUCAAAACAGGAGUAGAGCUUUUGGUGCAACUGUCACAAGAAGCAGUUACUGAUAGCCAGCGACAGUCGAUCGAUGCUCAAAUCAUGAGAGAUCGUUGGGAAGCCCUUGCAGCUAGCCAAGGAGACCUUAGGAGGGCGCUUGGUACACUCGGCGUGCAUGUUAAGAACCUACAAAAGUCGGUCUCCACAAAGGAUUCAAAAUUAGAAUGCGAUCGACUACAUCUACGCGUUCAGACGAGCGCUGCAGCUCUUCAGGAUCUGAGCAAUAUGAUCAAGCCAUUUUUCAACAACGUAACAAAUCUUCACGACCACGAAGAUUUGACACCAAGUGAUGUGGCAAGCAUUGCUGCCUCGGAGAAUAAUCGGAAAUCCAGCAACCUCACACAGCUGGGUGGAAGAUUCAGCGAUCUCAGUAGUAAGGCUUUUACAAGACCAGAGCGACACAGCUCAAAAUUAUCUAUCAGCGAAUCAUCCGAAUCGAAAGACACAGAUGAGGCUGUCUUGUCUCCCGAUCCAUCCGUGCACAGAAAAGGACACAGAUGGUCGAAUGUGUUCCGGAAAGAAGACCAUAAACAAGACGGGUCUCGUAUCGAGUCAGAGGGCGAGAAACUGAAGGGUCUCGGAAUGGGCUGGCGAUAUUCAUUUCAGACAAUGAAAGAUAAUAUUUCACGGUCUGAUGUAUCCAUCUUCCAAGAGAAACGAUCCAUGGAAAGACAAAUAGAGAAGUCUUUCACGCCCAACUCUACCGACAAGACUACAUCCAAGCAUACGCCCAAAGAGCCCGUCCGAUCGGAUAGCCCCCAUGAGUUGCCGGUAAGAUCAUUCUGA